GACAACUUAAGUUACUAUUUACUUUUCAGAUUACAAUUUUUCAUACCUGUCCAGUAAGAACUACGUAUCUCCAAAAUCAGUGAUUUUGAACUUUUCAAAUAAACUAAAGGAUUAUUAUUUAUUAGGAUACAUGUUCCUUUAUGAGUUGAAAAACACACCACGGGGUGGAGGAGGAUAAAGAAUCGUAUUAAACUUCAGAUUUAAAUUUUUUAUAGAAAAAUUAAGGUUCUCUAAAUCUGUGAUAUGUAUGUUGUGUCAUUCCUCAACAAGAGUGUAUUUUCAAGCUUGUGUGUGUGUAAUGACUGCCAAAGAUAGUAAAAUCUGAAUACUGUAAUAAAUUGUGGUUUUCAGGCAAGUACAAUUACUGCAUGUGUGUCUAAGUAUUCUGAAUGAUGCUGCUGCAUUGUGUUACAGUCUCAAACAUCCUCAUCUAUGCUUAAAUCAAUUAGAUUCAUGGUAGCAGGAGGAAGGACAUGACAUUUUGUCACUGUCUUACGGACUGAUGAAUAUGUGGUAGUAUAGGAGAUCUAUAACUAAUCUGGAUGGUGAUACUGAUGCUCCACUCAUAGAAGAACACACUCUCUCGUUGUCUGAUGAAAAUGCCAGGAGCUGGCAGGUAUGAUAAUGAAUCACAUCGAUAUCUGAGGCAGGAUGGUGGGUUUACUGACCUCUCCUGACUCAUUUAAUGGAAAACUGGCUCCAUCCUCGGCGGCACGGCCCGAGCGCUGAUGGCCUGGGCUCUACUGGCACAUCCAGAGCAAGCCUGCCGAUACCUGCAAGAUGACUCAGAGGACAAGCUUGUGCCACCUCAACUGAACGUGACGUCAGUUUAGAGGGAACAAACAUGAGUGUUGCACUCUCGAUAAUAUCCUGCCGAGUAAAAGUAUUAGAAGCAGCAGCAAAAGGCCUCAACAGCAAACUUUUCCCAGGUCCAACAAGUUAAUCCAACCAUGUCGCUUCUUAGUUUAAUCUCUAAAUAGUGAUCAGAAUUAAUUGGAUUAUUGUAUGAACACUCAUAAUAUGGGAAUUAAAAGGUAGGCUGUGGGCUGGAUUUUAUUUAAAUUAAGUUUAAUGGAGCAGAAGUACAAACUACCAUGAAAUGGCAGCAGUCUGCUACUCAAAAGAAGAAGCACAGCACAGUUGCUUUGGCUUCCUUUCCGCUAUCGCUGGCCUUCAGAGGCUUUUGGGGAUGUGCAUGUGGUCGCUUCCUGUCGCGUGAACACUGGCCUGUGUUACCACCACGUGGGGGUAAGAGGAACUGAACCCAGAUCAGAGUCGCUGCUGGAGGUUUGCUGCCCUCCGCAGGCUGCUUCCCGGUAAAUGCGCCUCUUUUCGGAGAUAAAGAAGGAACAUCCCGGCGUGGUGAAGGAAACCCCUAAAACAUAAUGAAGUGCGGGGCAGGGUCGCAGUAUUGCACCACACAAAUCACCGGCUUUUGCUCCUGUGCAGAGUUUCUGAUCCAGAAAGAGCCCAUAAUGUUCAGGAUGCACUUUUCAUCUGCCUACAUGCCAAACAGCGGCUGGCUCGGGGUGACUCUUCAUCUCUCCGGAGGACACGAAGAUUUAUCGCCACGCUGUUUCCAUUUUUAAGCACAUUUAAGACAUUCCCUGCAAACCCCGAUCGACUAAUUCGCCUUAUUAGUGAUCGUGUGUUGCGUUCAGGGUCCCGGCGGCGUGAAUAAUGGCAGAUAAAGCGGCAUGGCACGUCAGGAGCACACAGGGAGAGUGACAAGGACGGGGAGAGGGAGAAAGAAAGGGGAGGGGAGCUGACAUUAAAGCAACACAACAAGGAAACUACACUGCGGAGCCACAGACGCCUUCAUUUUAUGUUUUUGAAUAAUCGCCGGAGCCAGUGUGGCGAAGUGUGUCUGCGAAAGCCGCCCGGAGCUCGAGCCCACACCGCGUCAAGUGCCCCGGAAAGGAGCCGCUUUUCACCGAGCUCCCCGACGCGUCCCGAGAUAUGGGCUCAGAGCCACCCAGCUCUCCACAGGUGGUGGAGGAUGGAGGAGAGGAGGAUGAGGAGGAGCUGAGCGGAGGGGAGGAGGCAGACCUGCGGUCCAGCUCCGGCCGGGGCUCCCUGCUGACCCGGCGAGGCAUCACCCUGAGAGUGCUGCUCAAAGACGGCCUGGUGGAGCCAGGGGACGGCGUGCUGGCCAUCCACUACCUGGGUAAGAACUUCGUGGGAGACCUGUUGAAUGAUGGGAAAAUCAGAUGGGUGGAGACGGGCCAGAUCUUCAACUCUCCUAGUGCCUGGGCAACACACUGCAAACGGCUGGUCAACCCAGCCAAGAAGUCCGGCUGUGGCUGGGCGUCUGUGCGCUACCGGGGACAGAAGCUGGUCCAGUAUAAGACCACCUGGCUGCACAAGUACCAGCCCAGCGCGGACAUGAGCCUGGUGAGUGAGGAGGACGACGAUGAGGAUGAAGAGGAGGGCAAGACAGCUGUGCAGGCAGAUGAGAAGAUGAAGAACAACAAACCUGGACUGCAUGAUGUGCUAGUUUCACGGAGAGCCGACAGAGAGAGGAUUCCCGUCAGGUACUGCACCUUGGGCACCAGGGAUGCUACCAGAGAUCCGCACACACUGGUGGAGCUGUCGGCCUUCUCAGCCAUCAACCGAUUCCAGCCUUUCAAUGUAGCCGUGUCCAGUAAUGUGCUGCUGCUAAUGGACUUCCACUGUCACCUGACCACCAGCGAGGUGGUGGGAUACCUCGGAGGACGAUGGGACACCAACACACAACUGCUGACAGUCUUGAGGGCUUUCCCCUGUCGGACCAGGCUGGCGGACAGAGACUCUGCUUCUGCUGUGGAGGAGGAGAUCUGUCAGAACCUGUUCAUGCGCGGGCUGUCGUUGGUGGGCUGGUACCACAGUCACCCGCGAGGUCCGGCUCUGCCGUCGCUGCAGGACAUCGACUCCCAGAUGGACCAUCAGCUGAGGCUGCAGGGCUCGAACAACGGCUUCCAGCCCUGUCUGGGCAUCAUCUGUGGUCCUUAUUAUCACGGCAAUCAAGGUGUGGCGUCCACAAUAACCCCGUUCUGGGUCGUACCACCACCUGAGCAACGGCCCAAUGACUACGGUAUCCCAGUGGCUGUCGAGGUCACAUACGUACAGGACAACUUUCUCACCAGUGAUGUUCUUAAUGAGAUGAUGCUGCUGGUUGACUACUACAGAGCAGCUCCAGACCUCGUCCAGUUCAGCCAGUACUGGUGCCCUGAUACGACCAUGAUGGACAAGAUCAAGGGCUCUCUGAGUUGCCACGCUCCCAAAGACCAAGCCUACUCUCAGAUCUUAGAGCACGUCUACAGUCAGCUGAGCAACAUGCACUGAGUGGCUCGGCUGUGCAUGUGUGCAUGUGGCCGCUCUCCAUCUCAAGUCUUUCCAUUUCAAACACCUUGUGUGCAGAGCUGACAGGUCUGGGGAAAGACCUGCUUGAAAAACAUCCAUAAAAGACAAAAAACAUAGAUGCCUUGAAUUCUCUCAUUGAGUGAUGUUUAAUUUUGAAACAGCAUUAUGGUGAGUUAAAAAAAAAAAACAGGUCAGUAACUCUGAAGGUGCUAAAUCUUGUAUUUACCAA